GUGUUCCACAAGUUUGAUCCCUUCCUAGUUCCUACUCUUUACCGCAUUAUUUAAAAGCAGAGAGAGAGAAAACAGAAAGUCACCAAAACGAAAGAUAUUAUUAUAACCAUGGCCGGAAAAUUAAAGUCUGUGCAAGUUUUUCACCUGCUAUGCGUAUUUUCCGUCGUAUUAUUCCUCUUCGUAUUCUCAGCGAGUGUUAAUUCCAGUGACGUUGAUUAUCAGAGAGCGGUGCCGCCAGAAGAUAAAACGACGACGGUUUUGCUAUCUAAAAUAAAACAGUCCGGUAACAGUUACUGGGCGAAACUCAAAGAGACUUUAGGUCGUGGACACUCCCGCUUAUUUCCUCCAAACAUAGAUUUUAGGGGAAAAGAUGAUGCGUCGAUGGGAGCAGGAGAAAAGAUGAAAGAGGCGGUCACAAGGAGCUUCGAGAAUAGUAAAGAUACGGUGGAGGGAGCUGCCAGAUCAGCGGCGGAGGUGGCAUGUGAUGCGGCGGAAUCGGUGAAAGAAAAAGUGAAGAGAAGCGUUUCCGGCAGAGACACGACGACGCAGCAGAAGUCAGAGGGUACUGAGGAACUUUGAAUACGUCGUCGUUUAGCUCAAUGGUGUGUUUAUUCGAUUUGGUAUCUAAACGACACAGUUUUCGGAGGAGAAUCGCCACGUCUCAUGCUUGUUUGAUUUUCUUUUGUCGGCCGACUGAAGUAUCACAUGCUUUUUCUAUGUACAACGACCACGUCACAUGUCUCAUUGCUGUUCUUUGCGGAUAUAUAAAUAUAUUUUAGAUUCUACUUUUCUUUCUUUCUUUUUUUUUUUGGUUAAAUACUUUCUUUUCUUCAGCAAGUUAAUGGAAAUAAAAAUUAAAAAGGAUUUU